AUGGGUUUGCUACGUUCAGAGCAGAUGAAGUAUGGCAUGCUCGUGCUACCGGUCAACGAAGCGCGACGCAUUGUCGGACAGCUCGGGAAGGAGUCGAAUCUGCAGUUCGAAGACGACAAUGCCCGAGACAUGCGCCGCCCAUACCGGAAGCAUAUCCAGCGCAUUGACGAGAUGGAGCGCAUCAUCCGCUUUCUCAUACAGGAGAUCGGCUCAAUUGAGGGAUGCGAACUGAUCAAGAACAAGGUUGAUGAGUUCCUGCAGACGGAUGACAGUUAUGUCUUGGAGGCUGUUGAAGGUGAGCUUCAGUCUUUGUACCAGAACUUCCUGAGGUUCAAGGAGAACAACGUGAAUCUCACCAACGAGCGCAAUCAGGCCGUUGAGGAAGCAGAGGUGGUGGCAGUAGCACGCGAAAUGCUGACGGGCUCUCGCCCAUCUCCUGACUACCUGACGGAGGAAGAGAGCUUUGAUACCAGUGCAAAGAAGCCGUUGCUGGGUGGCGAAGAGGGCGGUGCCGGUACCGGCAGGCUGGGCUACUUAGCGGGCGUGGUGCCCAAGACAGACGAGGCACGUUUUGCCCGGGCACUCUGGCGAGCUGCUCGCGGCAAUACCUUCACGCAGUUCACUCCAAUCAGCCAGUCCGUGAAGGAUCCCAAGACAGGCCAAGAUGUGCAGAAGUCCGUGUUCGUGGUCUACUUCCAGGGUGCUGGCGGGCCAAUGCAGCAGAAGGUGCUGAAGGUUUGUUCCGCUUUCGGCGUCAACAUGUACAACUGGCCAGCAAGCGCUGAACUGGCGAAGACCCGCCAUGCCCACCUUCUGAGCGUGGUCAAAGAGAAAGACACUGCCCUGGAGGGUUACCAGUUCUUCAUGAAGACUGAGGCCAAGGAUCUGUUGGCACCACCAAGCCAAAACCCGGAGGCAAACUCCAAGUUGGAAGAGUGGCGGCUAUUUUGCAUUAAGGAGAAAUCCAUCUUCAACAUCCUGAACCUGUGCUCAGGGGAGAUCGCGCUGAGGGUGAACGUCUGGUACCCUGCUGCGGAAGAAGCGAAGAUCAAAGCUUUGCUGCAGAAGUUGAAUGCCGGUUCGUCGCAGGGAGCUUUCCUGACUCCCGACAAGAACGUGAAGUCUACACCGCCAACGUAUAUCCGGGUGAAUGAUUACACAGAGGCAUUUCAAGACGUCAUUGACACUUACGGCAUUCCCAAGUACCAGGAGGCAAACCCGGCCCUCCUGACAGUAGUGACCUUUCCAUUCAUCUUCGGCAUGAUGUAUGGAGAUGUGGGUCAUGGCAUCCUCUUGUUCCUGGCUGGGCUGUGGCUGUGCAGAAAUGCUGAGACCUUUCGCUUCACUCAGCCGUCGCUUUUCAGCGCCCGAUACAUGGUUGUCAGCUUGGGCUUCUUUGCCAUUUAUUGUGGCUUUAUGUACAACGACUUCUUUUCCGUUGGCCUUCAAAUCUUCAAUUCCAGGUACAAGGACGCGGGUGAUGGCAACUGGAUUCCAACCUUCGAUGUGAAAAACGAGGGUGGCACGGGCCCAUAUCCAUUUGGCCUUGACUGGGCCUGGCAUGGAGCGAGCAACGAGCUGCUGUAUGUGAACUCCCUCAAGAUGAAGCUGUCCGUUCUUUUCGGAGUCUUGCAAAUGACUGUGGGCCUCAUUCUGAGGUGGAGCAAUGCCUUCUAUGAGAAGAACAUGACCGACUUCGUGUGCGAAUGCAUCCCGAUGAUGAUCUUCAUGCUAUGCUUCUUUGGCUGGAUGGACUUCAUGAUCCUGUACAAGUGGGUGCAUCCCGUCGACAAUCCCCCGAGCAUCAUCAAUUCCUUGAUUUGCAUGGCGAUGGGCCAGGAGGACAAGUUCCCCCUUUGGCCGGGCUCUGUCGAGUUGGCACAGAGACUGAUGGGGUUUACCAUGCUGUCCGUACCCAUCAUGCUUCUGCCGAAGCCGUUUAUUCUGCUGUACCAGCACAAGUCCAAGCAGGAGAACAGCGAAAACCUGGUGAACAUCGAUGAGGAGACAGGGCCAAGCUCGAAUAAUCAUGGGCAUGGCGAGGAAUUUGAAUUUGGUGAGAUUUUCAUCCACCAAAUCAUCGAGACUAUCGAGUUCGUGCUAGGUACGGUAUCCCACACGGCCUCAUACCUCCGCAUUUGGGCGCUGUCCUUGGCACACCAGCAGCUCUCCCUGGUGUUCUUCCAGAAGACCUUGACCAUGGGCCUUGAGAUGUCGUUCCCAAUGAAUGGGAUCGGGAUCUACCUCAUGUUCGCUGCCUGGUUUGCUAUCACGCUGGCCGUCCUGCUCGGGAUGGAUGUGUUGGAGUGCUUUUUGCACACCCUGCGGCUGCAUUGGGUUGAGUUCCAGAGCAAGUUUUACAAAGCAGAAGGCUUGAAGUUUGCACCUUACUCCAUCAAGAAGCUAGUCACGCCCACAGGCGGCGAAGAGUAG